CCAGUCGGCUCUAAGAGACCAGGACUACCCCACUACCACCCCACUGCCCCCCUCUCUCCAAGGCGCUGCGGCAGUCCAGCUAUGCUUCGCAGGCAGAUCAAUCGCUUCGGAGUUUCAAUGGCAUUCCGAAAUGCGAUUUUUGGCCACGUGCUGUUUGAAGGGCUUCAGCCUGUUUCUGCUGCUUAAGAACUGAAAACAAGAAGAGCCCUUGCUGGAUCAGGUCCUCUUCCCACAGUGGUUUGCCACAUGCCCCCAGGAUGGUUGCAAGCAGGAUUGUGUGUGCAACAGCAUGCUCCUCACUGGUGAAUCUCAGCUACUAGGAUUCAGAGGCAAAACUGCCUCCGGCACUGGAGCAGUGCAGAGCCAACUUGCCUUAAGAACAUAAUAAGAACGCUGCUGGAUCAGGCCCAUGGCCCAGCUAAUGCAGCAGCCUGCUCUGACAGCUGCCAGCAAGAUGCUUCUCGGAAACUCCCACAAGCAGGACCUGAGCACUAGAGCAGUGCACAUUCCUGCAGUUUUCAGCAACUGAUACUCAGAAGUGUUGCUGCCUGGCCACUGAUAACCUAAUCACCUAUGAAUUUUCCUAAUUGUCUUCUAAAGCAGUGUGUGGCCACCUCUUCCUUCUGCGAGAGAGAGCUCUGUAUUUUAGCUAUAUGCUGCAUAAAGAAGAACUUUCUUUUCUUGUCCGGAAUCUUGAUGUGUUCAGCAUACAACUGACCAGGCUUCUCAGAUGCUUGUCGGGGAAGAGAAACGUGUUGGGACACGAACUGUCCUCGUUGGCCACCAUCCGCUUCCCACGCCAGAGGCUUACAUUCCGCAGAAGUUCUGCUCUAACCAAAUAGUCUCUUCCAAGUACACUGUCUGGAAUUUUCUUCCAAAGAAUCUCUUUGAACAGUUCCGAAGAAUUGCCAACUUUUACUUCCUUAUCAUUUUCCUUGUACAGGUCAUAGUAGACACACCAACCAGCCCCGUCACGAGCGGACUUCCUCUAUUCUUUGUUAUUACCAUUACAGCUAUUAAACAGGGUUAUGAGGAUUGGCUGCGGCACAGGGCUGACAAAGAAGUAAACAAAAGCACCGUCCUGGUGAUCGAGGAUGCAAAGCAAGUGAAGAAGGAGUGCGAAGGAAUCAAGGUUGGGGACAUAGUAGAAGUAAAGUCUGAUGAAACCUUCCCAUGCGACCUGAUCUUCCUCGCAUCAACUCACAAGGACGGGUGUUGUUAUGUCACUACAGCUAGUUUGGAUGGAGAAUCAAAUGUCAAGACUCACUACACUGUGCAGGAUACUGCCAAACUCCAUACAUACCAAGCCAUAAAUUGCCUUACUGCUACAAUAGAAUGUGAACAGCCUCAGCCAGACCUCUACAAGUUUGUGGGCCGAAUUACCAUCUACAAGGACGGUCAAGAGCCAGUAGCCAGGGCACUGGGUCCCGAGAACCUGUUGCUGAAGGGAGCGACAUUAAAAAACACUCCUAGGAUCUAUGGAGUCGCAGUCUAUACUGGAAUGGAAACCAAAAUGGCUUUGAACUACCAAGGAAAAUCACAGAAGCGAUCUGCAGUUGAAAAAUCGAUCAACAUGUUCUUGAUCGUUUAUUUAUUCAUUCUUGUGGGCAAGGCUAUUAUAUGCACAACUCUGAAGUACGUCUGGCAAAGUGUUCCAUUUCACGACGAGCCUUGGUACAACCAGAGAACCCAAAAGGACAAAGAAGCCUUCAAGCUCUUAAAAAUGUUCACCGAUUUCCUGUCCUUCAUGGUUCUCUUCAAUUUCAUCAUCCCUGUCUCCAUGUACGUGACAGUCGAGAUGCAGAAAUUCCUGGGCUCCUUCUUCAUUUCAUGGGACAAAGAGAUGUAUGAUGUGAGCUGCAAUGAAGGAGCCUUAGUGAACACCUCUGACCUCAAUGAAGAGCUGGGCCAGGUUGAGUAUGUGUUUUCUGAUAAAACGGGGACUUUAACAGAAAACACAAUGGAGUUCAUUGAGUGCAGCAUUGACGGCUACAAGUAUGGCGAUUCCAUUACAGAGGUUGAUGGAUUGAAGGGUCAUGGAAAAGCAGACAAGAACCGUGAAGAGCUCUUCCUUCGUGCUUUGUGUCUCUGCCACACAGUUCAGGUCCAGCAGAAAGAUGAAAUGGAUUCAGGGGGGUCGCAGACAGGCAGCACGAGCAAGUAUGUUGCCGCUUCCCCAGACGAGAUUGCUUUGCUGCAAGGAGCUCAAAAGUAUGGUUUCACUUUUCUAGGACAAGAAAAUAACUUCAUGAAUGUACAGAACCGAAAAAAGGAAAUCGAAAGGUACGAACUGCUGAAUGUUCUAGAUUUUGAUUGUGUCCGUCGCCGAAUGAGUGUUCUCGUGAAAUCGCACGAUGGAAGCAUAUACCUGUUCUGCAAGGGAGCAGACUCUGCAAUUUUCCCCAGGGUCCCAGAAGCUGACGUCCAAAAAACAAGGAUACAUGUGGAACGCAAUGCAAUGGAUGGGUAUCGAACUCUCUGCGUGGCCUACAAAGAAAUAUCUCACUAUGAUUACCACAUAAUUGAUACCCGGGUUAAGGAAGCGACGAUGGCGCUACAGGACCGGGAAGCAAAGAUGGCCCAGGUUUUCGACGAUAUUGAGAGGAACAUGCAUUUGAUUGGGUCCACUGCUGUGGAAGACAAGCUCCAGGACUUUGCUGCUGAAACCAUUGAGGCCAUGCACACUGCGGGCAUGAAGAUCUGGGUGCUGACAGGGGACAAGCUGGAGACGGCUCAGGCCACCUGCUAUGCCUGCAAACUCUUCCAGACCAACACGGAGUUGCUGCACCUGACGGCCAAAAUCAUGGAAGGGGAAGACCGGAAGGAGGACCGGCUGCACGAGCUGCUCGUGGAUUAUCACAAGAAGCUGGUGAGCGACGUGCCCCCAAAUGCAAAGAGAAGCUGGACACUAAGUCACGAGUAUGGACUGGUUAUCGACGGUGCCACCCUGGCCCUGAUACUUAACCCUUCCCAAGAUUCACGUUCCGGCCACUACAAAAGCAUCUUCCUCCAGAUCUGCCUGAAGUGUACAGCAGUCUUAUGUUGUCGGAUGGCUCCCUUGCAGAAAGCGCAGAUUGUCCGGAUGGUUAAGUGUUCGAAGGGCAGCCCAAUAACCCUGGCGGUGGGAGAUGGGGCCAACGACGUCAGCAUGAUCUUGGAAGCUCAUGUGGGCAUAGGUAUCAAAGGUAAAGAAGGCCGCCAAGCCGCCCGGAACAGUGACUACGCCAUCCCAAAGUUUAAAGACUUGAAAAAAUUGCUGUUGGCUCAUGGGCAUUUGUACUACGUGAGAAUCUCACACCUUGUACAGUAUUUCUUCUACAAGAAUCUUUGCUUCAUUUUCCCACAAUUUUUGUACCAGUUCUUCUGUGGCUUUUCACAACAGCCUCUCUAUGAUGCUGCUUACCUUACCAUGUUCAACAUCUGCUUUACAUCUAUGCCAAUCGUGGCCUACAGUCUGCUGGAGCAACACGUCCCUAUUGACACUCUGGUGGCCUUCCCAAAACUAUACCUGAACGUUUCCGACAACGCCAUGUUGCAGUUGAAACCUUUCAUAUACUGGACCCUCCUGGGCCUUUUUGACGGCUGUGUGUUUUUCUUUGGGACUUACUUUUUUUUCAUGAACUCUUCUAUAGAGAACAAUGGAAAGAUGUCUGGGAACUGGAGUUUUGGAACAAUGAUUUUUACCAUAUUGGUGUUCACCGUCACUCUAAAGCUGGCAUUAGACACUCGGUUCUGGACGUGGGUGACCCACUUUGUCAUUUGGGGUUCUUUGGUCUUCUAUGUGUUUUUCUCAUUCUUCUGGGGAGGAAUCAUUUGGCCUUUCUUGAAGCAACAAAGAAUGUAUCAUGUCUUUGCCCAGCUGCUGACUUCUGUCUCAGUCUGGUUGGCAAUAUUUUGCCUGAUCUUACUUGCCCUUCUCCCUGAGAUCCUUUUCCAACUCUUUCGAAGCAUGAAGAGAAAAUGCCACCAGCCUAACCCCCUGGAGCUGCCGAUGCUGUUGUCCUACAAACCGCGGGGGAACAGCUACACCUCUGAAGGAAAGCCAGGGACCUCCGUGACUAAUUUUGCAGAACGUUGCCAUCUCAGGAUACUUCAGAUGCAAAGAUUUUAACCCCAGCACACAGUUCUAAACAAACAGCACUCUCGGAGUCAAAAAUGAACGCUUGGAAGCAAAUCAGGCCCACCAGAAAAAGAAAAAGAAGAAAAAUACAAAUGGUUCUAUAUUUUGGUUAGGCUUUUUUGCUUUCUUUUUUUUAAGAGGACCUUUGGUUUGCAUUGUGAUUUUUUUUAAAAAAAAUCAACAUAAAGGGGGGGUGCCAUCCUUUUCAUCUGUUCCUCCCCCUUCCUAAUGCAAGUUUUGAGAAAGCAACCCGGCUGUUUUGAUGACAAGAAUUGUGUGAGAUUUUUGCCCGCUGCAAUGGGCAGAUCUGUCCUCUGUUCAGCCAUCUUCACCCUUGUCCAAGGAAGAGGAAGGGCUGUGCAUGGCUCUGCCCCCCCCUUCCAACCAAA